AUGGGUCUCUUCAACAGAAAGAAAAAGCCAGACUCAGACUCGGGAGACUCCUCGGAGAACAAGAAGGAAAAAGGCGGCUGGAAACGUCCUGCCAACACCGCUUUCAAGCAGCAGAGGCUCAAGGCAUGGCAACCUAUCUUGACUCCAAAGACCGUGCUGCCUACCCUUUUCAUUAUUGGCAUCAUAUUUGCACCCAUUGGCGGCCUUCUCAUCUGGGGUUCGUCCCUUGUAACGGAGAUUACAAUUGACUACACCGACUGUGAAAAUCAAACACCUUCGGCCUCAAACAACUCCCUCAACUUCGUUAAUAUUCCGUCGAAUAAAUACUCUUACCAGCUCCGUUCAAAGGAUGACAAGGAAUCCAAUAAUAUUGCUGCACCUCGCUAUGCAUUUCUUGACAAUACCAACAACUCCACCGUGACGGAUCUUUCUGACAAGAAACAGUGUGCUAUCCAAUUCCAAAUUCCUGCAGACCUUGAACCAUCCGUUUUGCUUUACUAUAAACUCACCAAUUUCUUCCAAAACCAUCGUCGAUAUGUGAAGAGCCUCAAUUCUAAUCAAUUGAAGGGCAAAUAUGUCAGUCCGAAAGAUCUUGACAAUAGCGACUGCAAGCCUCUAUCUACUAUAGACGGCAAGGCGAUAUACCCGUGUGGCCUCAUUGCAAACUCUCUCUUCAACGAUACUUUCUCCAACCCAGUGUUGCUCAACCCUUCCGGCUCAUCCGAGUCUUCGCAAACCUAUAACUUUUCUUCGAGCGGUAUUGCAUGGCCGGGAGAAGCGAAGAAAUAUACCACUAAUCCGGUUGGUCCCGGCGGUUAUGCUAGCCUUGAUGAGAUUGUCCCUCCUCCUAACUGGCAACUUCGCUUCCCUAAUAAUUAUACCAACGAAAACCCCCCUCCCGAUCUGCGUAGUGAUGAGCGUUUCCAAAAUUGGAUGCGAACUGCCGGUCUUCCUACAUUUACGAAGCUUUAUGGCAGAAAUGAUAAGGACACAAUGCAGAAGGGUACAUAUCAAAUAGUUGUUGGACUUAAUUUCCCUGUCCUUCCUUACAAAGGCACUAAAUCGAUUGUUAUCUCAACCGUAUCAUGGGUUGGAGGAAAGAAUCCCUUCUUAGGCUGGGCGUAUGUCGCUGCGGCAGCAGUUUUCGUCCUGCUCGCAAUUUUAGGCACUGCUCGUCAUCUUAUCAAACCAAGACGUCUUGGGGACAUGUCGCUGCUUUCCUGGAAUCGUUAA